AUGGUUUCUGGUAUCUCCCUGCAAUCGGGAGGUCCAGCAGCUUCCUUAGGAAGGCAUAGCUGUGUUUGUGUUCUGACCAAACAGAUCCAAAAAGUCGAGAGACCACGACUCUGCAUGGGUGGCUGUUGUGAGGAAAUGCUGCCAGAAGGCUCCAGCGCUGUGGGGCAGCACGAGCUUCAGCCAAGCAGAAUAAUGGAAGCCCCAAAGCUGCUGGAGCGCCUCGGAAGCUUGUUUCUGAUUUGCAGGCAAUUUGUUCCCUCGACAGCUCGGAUAGUCACACUUCAGUGUUUGCUGGAGCGUGUUUUCCUUUCCUCGAGUGGCCCCGAGUCCCCGCGGUCACCGACCCUGGCAGGAGCCGACCGUGCCAGGCACGGGCACACGGCAGCCCCCCACCACUGCCCUGCAGCCGUCACCGGGGCCACCAGCGGCUGCAGUCGCUCCCCUCCGCCGUGCCGCAACGCCCCAGCACCGGGCACCCGUGCCUGCUGCCCCCCCCCGCCGGUGCUGCUGGCACCCACGGGCCCUGACGGGUACCCAGGAGCGCCGACAGACGACAACGGUGAGCCGUCGGACAGCCUCGUGCUAUCCGUACUGGAUGCUGCGUGCAGGUACGCCAUAAAGGUUGCCUUUCAUAUCCAGCCAUACAAAGGGCACGAUGAUCACACCAUGCAUGAGAAUAUCAGAUACAUCAUGGACAAAUACAGAUCACACGCAGCUUUUUAUAAGUCCAAGACCGGCACUGGCAAUAGUCUCCCACUGUUUUAUAUCUAUGAUUCCUACUUGACAUCGGCUGAAUCCUGAGCCAACGUCACACCAUCAGGCUCCCAUUUUCUCUGCAACACCUCUUACAACGCUGUGUUCGUAGCGCUGCUGGUGGAGGAGGGACACAAGCAUGAAAUCCUCUCCGCAGGGUAUGAUGGCAUGUACACAUACUUUGUGUCCAACGGUUUCUCUUUUGGCUCAUCCCACCAGAACUGGAACGCAAUCAAAACUUUCUGCGACUCCAACAAGCUGAUGUUCAUCCCCAGCGUUGGCCCAGGCUACAUCGACAGCAGCAUUCGCCCCUGGAACAACCACAACACUCAGAACAGAGUCAAUGGGAAGUACUAUGAAACAGCUCUGCGGGCUGCUCUCAUGGUCAGGCUAGAGAUCGUCUCCAUCACAUCCUUCAACACAUGGUACGAAGGCACCCAGAUCAAGAAAGUGGUACCCAAGAAGACGCUGACACGCCUUUAUCUGGACUACCUUCCUCAUCAGCCAAGCACAUACUUGGAGCUGACUCGCAGGUGAGCAGAACAUUGCAGCAAAGAGAAGACGUCCCGCUGA